AUGGGUUUUAUUGAAAAAAGAUACUUCGAGUCGUUAGCCUUAACAUUGAUGCCUCAUGAAAUCGAAUGUCUCGAUCGUUAUAUCUACGGAAUAUAUCACGUUGAUAACGAAAAUAUACAUACCUUCAUGGGUUACAUAGUUUAUGCAAACUCUCUUGAUAUUCAGGUGUCGAGUCAACAAGAAAUCCCCGAAGACGAGGUAAAUUAUAUUGACGAUGAGUCUUACAUGAAGAAUAAGCCUGAACAAAAAC